UAUCCAAUCUCUUACUCAACAACACAGCAUAAUAGUAACCUAAUUUAUUAACCUGCGCCGCACACGGACACUACAGUCAUAAAGUAAAACUAUAAAGGGUAAUUCCGUCAACACAAUUACCCAUUAUCUUUCCCACCCAAGGUCCUCCCCAAGUCUCUCAUAAACACCGAUAAACCAAAAAAAAAAAAAAAAACACUCAGAGAGAGAGAGAGAAAAGAAAACACUUUUCGAGUGUGUUUUGAUUUUUUGUUGCGCUUUUUCCUUCUUGUUACUAUUGAACUCAACAUUUAUAAUAUGUUGUUGUUCCACAUUUAACCCUAAUAACCGACCCCAAUUCUUCACCGUAAUUUUUCUCACAUUCGAUCUCUGAGAUCUAUUUUCCGGACAAGAUUCUCUGUUAGGGUUUCGGAAUCUUAUUCAAUUGCUUCCAAUUAGGGUUUCUCUAUUGGAUUGGAUUUCGUGCGUUUUCCUUUUCGUUUGAUUUCAAUUUCAUAAAUAGGGUUUGGGUUGGGGUUUUUGCUUCCGCGAUGCCGCGAAGUUCGAAGCAUAAAUCAAGUAAGCAUAGUUCGAGGGACUACUCUGAUUCCGAGAGAGAUUCCGGUGUCAAAGAUCGGAAGAGUAAGGAGGAGAAUUCUGUGAAGGUUUCGAAGGAUUCAAGUGUUGAGAAACGGAGAUUGGAUUCGAAGGAGUUGCACGGGAACGGUGAGUAUUCUGAUGAGUAUGGUUCCUCGUCAAAGCGGCGCAGGGAGAGUGGUGGUGGAGGUGGAGAUAGGUGGAAUGGUGGUGAUGAAGGUUCGAAGAAAUCAAAGGCAAUUGGGGAUUCAAAGAGUAGUAGGAGGAGGGAUGGGAGUGUGGGGGUGCACGGUGAUGGUGAGGAGCUGAAAAGGAGUAGUGGGAAGCAUAGGGAUUCGUCGUCUUCUGGCCGGAAGGAGAACCUGGAGAAGGAGAAGGAAAAGGAUAGGAAAUUCAAAGAAGGUAGAAUUGAAGAAUCUGUCAAUGAUCAAGAACAGCGUUCAUCCAAGCAAGUGCUUGAAAAUAAUGAUUCAAAAAAAGUAGACGAGUUGCGAAGCCCUGAACAAGAUAUCCAGCUUGAGAGGCGAAUGAGGAAGAAAAGGGAUGACUAUGGUGAUGGGGAUAAGCAUCAAGAUGAUGUCGGAGAUGGUUAUGACAGACAUUUGUCUUCUAGGGAUGACAUUUCCAAGGAUGGAAAGAAAAAGGAUGACAGGCGAAACGAUGAAAAAUACAGAGAUAAAUAUAGGGAUGAAAAGGACAGGGAGAACAAACAUCGACAUGACAAGCAACGUGACGAGCGUCCUGCAAAAGAUCAUACUACCAUUAGGUCUGACGAUAAACAUACAAGGGAAGAAAAGAAUAAUUUAGAAUCACGACAAAAGAGAAGCAAGCAUCCAGAGAGUGACAGGGACCAUUAUCGUGAUCGAGAUGGAGAACGAGACCGUGAUUUUGAAUAUGUUCGUGAUCGUGAGCGGCGCCAUGAACGUGAUCAUGAUUAUGAUUUUGAUAGGGAUCAUGAUUAUGAUAGAGACCGAGACCGAGAUUGGGACUGGGAUCGUGAACGAGAUUUUGACCGGGAACGAGACAGAGACCGUGAUCGUCAUCGUGAUGGGUCACAUGGGGAAGAUAGAAGUACAAGGGGCAAAGAUGGUGGGGCCAAAAAAAGAACUUUGGAUGAUCGUGAUGAUUAUAGUGAUUCUAAAGCUAGAGUUGUUAAAAACUACUAUCCUGAAACGGAGAAGAGGAGUUUGACCAACAGUAGGGCUGAUUCUGAUAUUGACAGAGGAAGGUCUCUACCUCGACAAGCCCAUCCAGAUUCAACUGGGACUAGCAGUAAACGCAGAUCUUCUCCUGUCUCGAAUGCACAUAUUGGCAAAGAUGAAUAUAGAAAUGCAAAUGCUGAAGAUACAAAGUAUAGAGACUCAAAUAUAGAACAGAGAACCAAAGCCUCAAGAGAGGGUUACUCCGGGAUUUCAGAUAGAGGCCCAAAAUACAAACUAAUGGAGAAAUCCAUUAAAAUAGAGGAAUGUCCUGCAGGAGACUUUUCUACAGAAAGGCCUUCUAGUGCCAAGGCUUCACCCAUGGGCUUGAUGGAGAGAUCUCCGUCAUCAACAAGCAUUGAACGCAGAUAUAUGAAUAAAAACGUUGUUAAGAGGAAUCUUGAAAUUGAGGAUAGUGGAAGAAGGAGCAGUACCGACGCAAGAGAUAUCUCAGAUGAUAGACUUGGCCCAGAGAAAGCAAUAUUGGACGAGCCCUCUCAACCAGAUUCAUCUUUCUAUGGUAGGACUAAUCAGAACAAUCCACCAGUAAUUCCUCACCCACCUGGUUUCAGGGCUGCACUAGACAGACCAUAUAUGGGUUCUUUAGAGGAUGAUGUUAGAGAUAACUCAAAUGCACGAUACAGGAGAAGUACUGAGCCUAACUUUGGAAGAGUGCAUGGUGGCAAUUCCUGGAGGGGACAUCCAAACUGGACUUCACACGUUCCAAAUGGAUUUGUUCCCUUCCCACCUGGGCCAGGUCAUGGAGGUUUUCAAACAAUGAUACCACAGUUUUCAUCUCAACCUCUUUUUGGUGUUAGACCUCCGUUGGAAGUUAACCAUGCUGGUAUUCCCUACCAUAUUGCUGAUGCUGACAGGUUUCCAGGUCACUUACGCCCACUUGGGUGGCCAAGUUUGAUGGAUGGUACAGGACCUGCUCAUCUGCAUGGAUGGGAUAACAAUAAUGGGGUUUCUAGAGAUGAUCCUCAUAUGUAUGGUGGUUCUGAUUGGGACAGACACAGGCACCCAACAAAUAGUCAUGGAUGGGAUUCAGAGACUUGGAAAGAACAGAAUAGUGAUUCAAAGAAAGACUUGCCUUCCCCAGCUUGCAAAGAUGAACCAGUUCCUGCCGUGGUUGACAAUGGUGUGCCUGACCAGACUAUUCAGGUGUCUCAGGAUGAAUCUCAUGAGAAAUCUCCUGAUACAAAGUUGUCCAGCGUCAGUUCUCCAAGAAAAGUACCUUCGAACUCUUUGCCCACAACUGAUCUUGAAAAGGUGCCCGAUACUUCAACACCUGAUGACAUUUCAUCUCUUUUUACCCGUUUCUACCUUUCCAAACUUGACAUAUCAGCAGACCUAGUACUGCCAGAGUUGUAUGACCAGUGUGAAUGUGCUCUGAACGUUGGCAAGAAAGCAUCCAAUGAUGUUUUUGCUAGUACCGGACUAUCCUUGAAGAAUGGGUCAAGGGCACAACAGAAAUACGCCGCCACUUUCUCAAGACAUUCACCUUUUCCGGUAGUUGAUAAUUCUAUCUUCCAGAGAGCCAUUGAUCUUUACAAGAAGCAUAGGGUGAAACUGCCUACUAAAGGAGAUUUAGAUAUAUUUGCACCCUCCAAGUCCGACCAGGUGCAAAUCGACGAGCCAGUUCCAAUUUCCAGUUUGGAGAAUAGGCAUAACCAGGUGCAAAUGGACGAGUCGGUUCCUAUUUCCAGUUUGGAGAAUAGGCAUAACCAGGUGCAAAUGGAAGAGUCAGUUCCUAUUUCCAGUUUGGAGAAUAGGCAGGUUUCUGUGUCAGCUUCUGAUGCAACAAAAGAUGCGGCAACACCUGCAUUACAACCAAAGGAAGUCGAAACUCUAUCUCUGGCAAAGGAGCAGUUGGAAGAGAUCAAUCAAACCUGCAGUCAAAUGGAGCAAGAUCGUGAUUGUAUCCAUACUUUGAAGAUAGGCGUGUCUAGUCCAUCGUCUGGUCCUGAGAACCAAGAAGUAGCUGUGUCAAAGGAUGCUGAGGAAGACGAUAAAGUCACACUUGAUCAGCUGAAUACAGAGGAUGCUGAGGACGACCACUCCAUUGCAGCAAAAAGCGAAGCACUGUUGGCUCCCACUUCGCAUGAAGAGUGCGAAAACAUGAAUAUCGAUGAAGCUACAGUUACUGGUUUUUCCCAAUAUACAGAUGAAAAACUGGAUUUUGGUGACACAAAGGGUAAUCCCUUAAUUUUUGAGGAUGGGUCUCCCAAAGCGUGUGAUGCUUUGAUGCCUGGUACAAAUGAGUCUGAGUCGCUAAUUUUAAGCCGGAUACAUCAUUCUCCUGAAAGUACACAUUGAGACAAUUUCUAUUUCUAUGCUAUUAAUCCCGCAGGUUUUAAAUUUCUUCCCCUUUUUUUUUUUGUUGCUUCAUUUUGAGCGAGGAAAUAAAAUGAAAUGCCAUUCGUAUUCCCCUAGAAA